GCAGCGAGACAUGACGGCGAGGAGAGACGCUUCGCAGCCGCUGAGCAGCUCUCGUCUCCCGGAGAGGAAGGGAGCGGCGGCGGCGGCGGCGGCAGCGGCGGAUCGACCGAAGGCGAAUAACCCCGACUGGUUUUAUCCUUCCUCCCCCCGACAGGAGCCGGAGAAAGGGCCGGCGUCCGCGGCAGGGAUCCAUGCGCAUGUGGUGGGCGCCGUGGCCGGCUCCGGAGCUGCGGACGAGUCCUCCGACAGCGAGGCGGAGCAGGAGGGCCCCCAGAAACUCAUCCGCAAAGUGUCCACCUCAGGGCAGAUCCGGAGCAAGACGAGUAUAAAGGAGGGUCUGCUGCUGAAACAAACCAGCUCCUUCCAGAGGUGGAAAAAGCGCUACUUCAAACUCAGAGGCCGAACUCUUUACUACGCCAAAGAUGCCAAGUCGGGCAGCGCGUUGGCGCGCUGGCAGGAGCGAGCGCUACGCCGAGUGUCCAGGAGUCGCGUCUGCUGGCGAGUCCUGUCGGUGUGCUGGACGGGCGCCCGACGCUCCCCUCCACCUCUGGGCGCCAGCGGGUCUGAGGAGGGCCUAGUGAGGAUCCGGUCCCUUAUCUUCGAUGAAGUCGACCUUUCGGACGCCAGCGUUGCAGAAUCCAGCACAAAGAAUGUCAACAACAGCUUCACAGUCAUCACUCCGUUCCGUAGGCUCAUCCUCUGCGCCGAGAACAGGAAAGAGAUGGAGGACUGGAUCAGUUCGCUGAAGUCCGUCCAGUCCAGAGAGCACUACGAGACGGCACAGUUUAAUGUGGAACAUUUCUCAGGGAUGCACAACUGGUACGCCUGCUCCCAUGCACGGCCCACCUUUUGCAACGUCUGUAAAGAUAGCUUGUCUGGGGUCACGUCUCACGGCCUCUCCUGCGAAGUGUGUAAAUUCAAAGCCCACAAACGCUGCGCUGUCAGAGCCACCAACAACUGCAAAUGGACGACUCUGGCCUCCAUCGGGAAGGACAUCAUCGAGGACGAGGACGGGGUCGCGAUGCCUCAUCAGUGGCUGGAAGGAAACCUGCCGGUCAGUGCCAAGUGUGCCGUCUGUGAUAAAACCUGCGGCAGCGUGUUGAGGCUGCAGGACUGGCGCUGCCUCUGGUGCAAAGCCAUGGUGCACACAGCCUGUAUGGAUCUGUAUCCUCGCAAGUGUCCCCUCGGUCAAUGUAAAGUCUCCAUCAUCCCCCCGACGGCACUGAACAGCAUCGACUCUGACGGCUUCUGGAAGGCCACCUGUCCUCCGUCAUGUGCCAGCCCCCUUCUGGUCUUCGUCAACUCCAAAAGUGGCGACAACCAGGGAGUGAAGUUCCUGCGACGCUUCAAGCAGCUCCUCAACCCGGCGCAAGUCUUCGACCUGGUCAACGGCGGGCCGCACCUCGGUCUGCGUCUGUUUCAGAAGUUUGACAACUUCCGGAUCCUGGUGUGUGGCGGCGACGGCAGCGUGGGAUGGGUCCUCUCAGAGAUCGAUAAACUCAAUCUACACAAACAGUGCCAGCUCGGCGUGUUGCCGCUGGGCACGGGGAACGAUCUGGCCCGGGUUCUGGGCUGGGGUCCGUCCUGCGAUGACGACACCCAGCUGCCGCAGAUCCUGGAGAAGCUGGAGCGAGCCAGCACCAAGAUGCUGGACCGCUGGAGCAUCAUGACUUACGAGAUCAAGAUCCCACCCAAACACAGCUGCCCGACAACGCCCGAAGGAGCCGACGACUGCCAGUUUCACAUUUCAGCCUAUGAAGACUCAGUAGCUGCUCACCUCACAAAGAUCCUCAACUCGGAGCAGCACUCUGUGGUCAUCUCGUCCGCCAAGAUCCUGUGUGAAACAGUGAAGGAUUUCGUUGCCAAAGUGGGGAAAGCGUAUGAGAAAAGCACCGAGAACGCCGAAGAGUGCGACAACAUGUCUCUCAAAUGUGCCAUCCUGAACGAGAAGCUGGACUCCCUCCUGCAGACCCUGAACAGCGAGUGCCAGGCCCUGCCGCCGCUGCCUCACCCGACCCCUCCCAUCGUGGAGGAGGAGCAGGAGGAGGAGGAAGAGGAGGAGGAGGAGGCCAGCGAGGAGAGUCUGACGGAGGUGAAGGAGAAGCUGGAGGAGGAGGAGACGGAGAAACGAGGAGGAGGAGGAAGAGGCUCCCCGCACCAGCUGUUCAAGAGCCGCGAGCAGCUGAUGCUGAGGGCCAACAGUCUGAAGAAGGCUGUUCGACAGAUCAUAGAGCAGGCAGUGAGAGUGGUGGAUGAGCAGAACGCCCACACUGAUGACACUGAGCUUCCAUCGCCGCUGGAGUUCAGGAAGGACAGCGAGGAGGAGAACCGAGACAGCGAGAAGGACGAGGACACCAAGGAGCUGGAGGCAGUUUCCUCUGCUAAGAGUCCGUGUUCUCCGACCGAGAGGAGGGUGAGUCGCAGCACUCAGUCCUACGGAUCCUUCACCAUCACUCCCUUCACCACCAGCAAGGAGAACCUGCCGGUGCUCAACACUCGCAUCAUCUGCCCUGGUUUGCGAGCAGGUUUGGCUGCUUCCAUCGCCGGCAGCUCCAUCAUUAGCAAGAUGCUACUGGCCAACAUCGACCCGUUCGGCGCCACUCCCUUCAUCGACCCCGACCUCGACUCGCUAGAGGGCUACAUGGAGAAGUGCGUCAUGAACAACUACUUUGGCAUCGGCUUGGACGCAAAGAUCUCGCUGGAGUUCAACAACAAGCGAGAAGAGCAUCCAGAGAAAUGCAGGAGUCGCACCAAGAACAUGAUGUGGUACGGUGUUCUGGGCACCAAGGAGCUUCUGCAGCGGACCUACAAGAACCUGGAGCAGAAAGUCCAGCUGGAGUGUGACGGUCAGUACAUCCCGCUGCCCAGCCUUCAGGGCAUCGCCGUGUUAAACAUUCCCAGCUACGCAGGAGGAACCAACUUCUGGGGCGGCACCAAGGAGGAUGAUAUCUUCUGCGCGCCGUCUUUCGAUGAUAAGAUCCUGGAGGUGGUGGCUGUGUUCGGCAGCAUGCAGAUGGCUGUUUCCAGAGUCAUCAAGCUGCAGCAUCAUCGCAUAGCGCAGUGUCGGACGGUGAAGAUCACCAUCCUGGGAGACGAGGGGGUUCCCAUCCAGGUGGACGGGGAAGCCUGGAUCCAGCCGCCGGGAGUCAUCAAGAUCCAGCACAAGAACCGAGCGCAGAUGCUCACCAGAGACCGGGCGUUUGAGAACACGCUGAAGUCUUGGGAGGACAAGCUGAAGUACGAUAAGCCUCCUCUGCGUCCUCACCUCUACCCUCAGCAGUCUGUGGAUCUGGCCACGGAGGAGGAGGCCUCGCUGGUGCAGAUGUGUGCCAGAGCUGCCGAGGAGCUCAUCACCAGGAUUUGCGAGGCUGCGAAGACCAACGGGCUUCUGGAGCAGGAGUUAGCUCACGCUGUCAACGCUGCGUCUCACGCCAUCAACAAAACGCACCCCAAGUUCCCAGAGAGUCUGACCAGGAACACAGCGAUCGAGGUGGCCAGUACCGUCAAGGCUCUGUACAACGAGACCGAGUCUCUGCUGCUGGGCCGAGUCUCUCUGCAACUGGACCCUCCAGAGGAGGAGCAGCUGUCCAGCGCUCUGCAGACUGUUGAGCUGGAACUGGGCAAACUGGGAGAAAUCCCCUGGUUGUACCACAUACUGCAGCCCAAUGACGAGGAGGACCACACUCUGGGUUACGGCAAGAGAAACAGUCGCAGCAGCAUGUUUCGCAUAGUGCCCAAGUUCAAGAAGGAGAAGGCCGCCAAGAAGUCGAGUCCUCAGUCAGGUAGGGAUGUGUCCACCUUUCCAUCAGUGCUGAGCAGACUGGACAGACUG